CACGACAGCUCAACUGCGAGCUGCAUGCAGGUAACUGGUUGUUUUACAAACUCAAGCAGUACUACUACUAGUAGUUGGAGCUGGAAACAGGACGAAGUCGUGUGCUUGGCGACUGGAUAAUACUCACUGGUACAGGAGAAUGUGCCUCGCCACGUUCUGCGGAGUUACCCGCCCAGCUCGCACCGUUCCGAGAGUAGCGAAGAUAAUAAUAAUAAUUAUCCCGACAGAAGAUUGAACAAUGGAUGUCUUGCGGAGCGGCGUCGCUGGGACUGCCGCCAUAGUCGCUAUUUUCCUGUGGAGCUUAGCAAGUGCCCCAGGACCUCCCGACUCGAUGCGAGCGAGAAAUCCGUCCGAUGUUGGGUGGCGUGACUUCCUCUCCUGGUACGAGGAAGAGACAGCGUUCACGGCACUGCACGGCCCGUGGUGGUAUAGGGGCCGGGAGCCAAAAGGGAGUGGUGAUCUCAAGGAGGACGACUCGGACAGCGGAUACCGCGGGGUUGUGUCGGCUUACCUGCCGUACCCGAACGCCAUGAAUUCUUUACUCAUAUCACCGGCGCUCCUGACCAGUCCCGUGUACUUCGCCGCGUUCAGGGACGAGUGUAUGCAAGUGGAAUAUCGCUUCCAGAACGUGUCCGCAGGCGCGUGGAUUCGCAUCGAAACGCAGCUGUCCAGUGGCAUCGUGACAAAUUACCGACAAGUGACGGCUGCUGGCGAAGACUCGCAGCAGCAGCAAGGUGUGUGGCGCAUCACCGAGCCCAUUACCUUGCCCACGGAGUCGGAGUGGCAAAUCCGAUUAUCCGCAUCGGGCUACGGUUACUCCGAGUACCAGGCUCACUCUCUAGUCCAUGUGGGCGAUAUCCGUUUCAAGCGCUGCUCGUAUAUAACCAUCGGCCACGAUCUGCUCUGUUCGUUCACCGGCGGACAGACGUGUGGUUUCAGUACGACAGAGUGGAUACACGGCAGUCAGGUAGCACGCUCAAUGGCCGACGCCACCUGGCAACGGCGAACAGGUGAUUACUUCCUGCCCAAUCCUCGCAUACCGUUCCGCAAAGUGUUCACAUCUCACAGUCCCAUCUUUGCGCCGACUAAGAAUAAGUGUCUCCAGUUCUUCUACAAGCUGAGGCGGCGAGGUUCUGGCACCUUGCGCGUCAGUGUCGUGGCAAACGGGAAAGUCACACAACGAUGGGAGGAGGUGGCCACAAGGUUAUCUUCUAGAUCAUGGCACUCUGUAGGCCUGGCUCUGCCCGAGGGUACGAAUUUUCAAAUUCGUUUGGAAUCCAUGAUGCUGUCGAGUUACAGCCCACGCAUGAUUGGGCGCAUCGGUAUCGACGACAUCACCAUCGUGCCCUGUCAUAAAGAGCCGGAAGUAGCCGCAUUCAAUGUAUCGGCACACAGCGAUGGAGCGUACCGGUCGCAUGCCCUAGCCCCGUCCUCGUCCACCUGCCAUCGCGUGCACCUCACGGCCAUCUUCAACGGCAGUCGUCCGCCUGAGUCCGCCGGUGCCAGCGCCCGAGUGAGCAUUCACACCGCGCCUCUCUUCCCCGACACUAAACCGUGGACGUCUGCGUCGCCACGGUUAGCCGUCGAUAUGGCUGCACAGCAGAGGGGGACUACCAAUGUGCAGAGGACUCGUGUGCUGAGUGCCCACCCUUGGUCGGUGUUCCGCUACGUCGUGCAUCUGGACAACUCGAGUCAACUUCUUGCGCUGACGGUUCGCGUGUCCACUGUCAAUAAUUGCCGGCAAGAAGUGAAAGGCUGUUCGCUGAUAUCUUGCGACGACGGAUGGUCGUUUGGCGAGGAGGCCACGAUGAGCAGUGAGACAGACGUGUCCAAGACCGUGGCACCCUGUGUGUGGAUUCCGUCUGAUGAUUUUGUGCGGUUCCAGUACUAUUUACCUCCCGGUAUAGAAGGAAAGUCAUUCCUGUGGACUAUGUCUGUCCAAUAUUGCUAUCUGGACAAGGCGGACCAAGACGUAGAGAUUUGCACCGGCACGGUAGCAAUGUUUACCAGCCCAAUGUUCCUUAUGCCUGCUGCCGUGGCAACCCUGGAAAACACCAUGCGAGGGAAAGCGCCUCUUCGCUUUCAAUGCCUCUCAUUGCAGUACUACUUGGAGUGUAACGUUGGUUCGUAUGUGCACUAUGCCUACUUGCUACUCACGGUCGACGGCUCAGUCAAGCACACUGCCAAUCUAACGCGUAGCAAGGAUUUGACAUUUCGUGACAAUAACGGCUGGUCAACUUGUAUAAUACCGCUGUACGAUAUCGCAGACAGCGACAAUGACAGAGUGUUUCAACUACGAUUCUCUGCUGUCGGGUACCGCGUGGCUGUUGGAGCAGUGCAACUCCAUGAACAAGACUGCGAACAAACUCGUGGUAUACCCUGCAACCGCCGUGCAGCGGUGUCCCAGCAGUGCCAACACAUGUGUAGCGAGCUGUACAACGGGUCACGGUGCGCCUGCCAUGAGGGGUACGCACUGACACAGGAUUCCGUGUCCUGCGAGCCGGUCUGCAAUCCACCGUGUUUGACGGGAAUGGUCUGCACGUCCCCAGACGUGUGUGUCUGCAGAGACAACUCAACAUGUGCAGCCCGAUGCUUACGUGCCAUAGGACUUCGUCAGAAUGAUCGAGCGACGUCAUUUCGCCUGCCCGUGCUGCACAGCCGUACGGGCGAGCCAUGCAGCACUGUUGUCAUGGCGCCGACGGGGCGUCGCGUUGCCAUGGAAAUCCGGUUCAACACGGCGUUCCGGGCCGGCGUCUACUCACUGGCAGACAUCUGUACGCAGAUGGAUCACAUUGUGCAGUUGCGACUAGGCAAGCUCGAUAACAGCAGUCAAAUAUCCCUGUGCCCCGCAUCACUAGCUCAGCUAGAAGCCGAUCCUGUUCGCCGCGUCUUGUCGGAAGACAACACCUUGCAGAUAUUGCACUGGCUGAGGGACCGGCAUGAGCGACAACUUUUGAUGUUUCGUGCGUUCUCAGUCGACUCUGCUUGCACAAACACAUGUGGGUCUGAUCAGGCAUGGUGGCAAAGGUGCUGCUUCGCGUACUCCGUGUCCGUGCCCGGCAAGAUUGUGCCUCUGCCUGAUGCCACACUGUACCCCAGGGUUAAAUUUCUCUACAAUCUACCGCACGUGUUCGGCCGCAGCCCUCGUGUUCAUGUGAUUGUUAACUGCACUGUCAAAAGUCUCACGAGGCAUGCCACGAGGCACGUCGGUGUUCGCAGGUACUGCUCUAUACCUUUGAAAAAUGUAUCCUCGCUAGCCGGCCCCGUUGGUGUCUUCAAUGCAACAGGCUCUGGUGAUCUCCGAGUUGGUAGCUAUAUAGCCAUAGUGACUAUGACGUCGUCGGGCAACACUGGACAUCACUCUAUUCGAGAGACACUACCGUUCUCCAUGGUGCGGCCACCACCAGCACUGACGACAGUGACCUCGUUCAAGCCCUAUUUGGAAUGCAUGGUCGACACAUCACCAUGUGAGGAGCAGACUCUCGACAACGCGCUUGUAUCAAUGCUUGUCACUGUACCCCCUUGUAUACUCGCUCACCGGCCUUUCAUGAUCAACAUCAGUUUGAGCACGUGGUGGCGGGAACCGCUAGCUGGAGACUUAACAGUACGGUGGAAUAUCACCGGCUUUGUAUCCAGCGACAGAGUGAUUUCUUACGGGCAGAUGCAGCACCACUUUGAUGGCACAUCAUCGUUUGUGCAGAUAUCUUCUGAUCGGGUUGGCCUACUUGUAUCCAGUCCUGAGCAGUUCAUCUCUCGCAUAGCAAUCCAGACAGUGUUCACUGCUACCUGGGCACACAGCGACGAUCUGUACACCCUGAACACCAUCUAUGCAUACAGCCAUGAGGUGUAUGUGUUGGGUGGACAGAUGACGCCAAUCACCAAUCGCUAUCCUGCGCUGGCAGAGAUCGUGUUUGGCGCAACCCUGGACGGUUUUCGCGAUUGCAAUGACCUGCUUCGCUACCUGCGGAAAACCGUUCAGGUCGUCCUGAGGGCGGAGGGUGGUACGGAUGAAACAUCACUGGCCAUCGACUGGGCACUGGCAUGCGCCUCUGAUGAUGAAUUCGCCGCCGACGUGUUGUCACGACAACCGACUUGCAGCGCACACGAGGUCAAGGCGAGCAUUGUUGUGUCGCCGUGGUUACCCGCUGCAUCCAGUGCGGCCGCCGAAGUCCGCCUCAUCCUUGCUGUGAAAUUGGGUGACAGGGUUCUUCGCGAGUGGACCGUACCUGCUUCUACACUCGCGGGUAGUUCUGGAAUGUUCGAAGCCCUCAGUCCAUUAAAGAUAUACUCAAACGAUUCCAUUGUCGAGGUACCGUUUGUUUCGGAUACGAAACCUGACAAUCUUCUUGCGCUGGUUGUUCAUGAUGACGGCUGGACUUCACUCCUCACCCAGUCAUCCGACCAGCUGACAAUCGUGGCCGGCAGUCGUGAUCACGUGUGGCAUGCUCGCUUCACAGCAAGCUGUAGCAUGUGCCCCAGUGCCACUGUCGUCUUGUCGAGAGCCAGGAUGUCGGCGAGCGAUAAUGCUGUGCUCGCGGCACGUGUGUCUAUCCGUGUCCGGUGCUGCGCAACGCCGUGGAAAGAUUCACUGUUUGAUUUGGACAACGGCAUUCGGGAUGCAAGGCUGGUUGAAUCUCCGAGUGGUCACCGAAACGCCGAGUGGAAUCUCUCGGCUACCCUGCCCCACGAGGUUGUGGACUUGCAUGUCAAGGUUGCUCGCGUAACGGAGCCGCUGUUCCGCAGGAUGACCAACGCGUGUCCGCGCAGAGGAGUGUCAAAGCGAGCACCGCCGCCAUUGUCCCAGAGUGGAUCAGCAACGAUUGCCGAACCACACUCGUUACCAGGCUCGAGACGUACAUACCGAAGUGGCAAGAGUUCCUGCUCAACUAGUGUUUUCCUUUCUAAGAACGUAUCUACACGUCGGCGGCUUGAAGUCCGCCCGCAGCAUCCUCUUGCAGAUGUACGUGAGAACAGUCACCCCACGUCACCGCCACCAGCAGCAGCACAGACGGCCUCGGCGCUGAGUGUUCCGAUUGAAGUCCCGCAUGUUGUCGCCGGCCAGAGCAUAGCUUUCGUGCCGUGCACAACCGACGGCUUUGUGUGCGCCAAACCUCUGUUUAGGACGUGGCAGUCGGAAAUGAAAGAUGUUGCUGCUCGCUGCAACGCUCCCAAUGCUCUGUUCCAUAGCGAACGUGGCAUUCUGCUUAUCACCAUAAUGAAUCCUGACGCACAGGAAGUCAGGAUUGAGCUAACGCUCAACCACACUGGUGUUAAUGUCUCCGAGCCGGAGGUCGUGGCGCGGCGGCCCGCCUCGUGUUCCGCCGCGGCCGUGGAUCCGGAACGCUCUCAUGGUGCAUUGCGACCGGGUCAGCCAGCUGCGGCUGUGAGAUUGGCAGCACAUUGCAGCAUCACCCUGAGCGCUGUCGUCUGGUUUGACGCAAAUUCCUCAGUGGUGUCGCAAGGCAAGGUGGAGGUAUAUGCGCAGUCCAGAGAAGGUGGCCCGGCGUUAAACAUGUGCUCGCACAGAAUACAGCAACGUACACAGCUGGAUGCACCGGUCCACCCUCUCGUCACAGUGGUGAGCCUGAACGCUGAAGUUCGUGCCAGCGACGACGAGGCGCACUACGAGAGUAACCGGCAGCAGUACGAGUACAGCGGAGGCGAGUAUGACGCGUUGUUCAGCAGCUACGUACGGGCAAGGCCGACGUCAAGCUUCAGUCUCUCUCUGCACGUCUGUGUGAGGCUCCUCCUUGGUAAUCUGGGGAUGAGUGGUCUGCGCAGUGUGGAUGUGCUUGUCCCAUUACCGUCUGGCUACCAGUACAGAGGAAAUCACACUCUACAUCGGAGAAUACUAUUGGAUAGCUGCGUGACAAUCGAACCCAUCGUCCAAGUGUCCUGUGUACUUCAGUUACAACCCACCUUCAUCCUGGCCACUGAGAAUAGCACCUCUGUCGCGCACAGUGUCCUGUGGCCGCCAACAGAUAUCGGUGAUUGCACUUUGGAACCCUAUCAGUCCGCUGAUCAAGGAGGUAGCGAUGCAUCUGGCGCUGUCGACUUGUCCAGCGGCUCAGGAUCAUCAUCUGGCCAAGCCAGCCAACUGCCGUACAGUGGCUGAGUUCCAAUGGAGAGAAAAGGCUACUAGAACAAGAACAACAAACUGCUGAUGCAAUACUCCUAUCUCUGGCAGUCUAAUAUCUAACAUGGGAUUAUGGAAUACUUACACCAGAUUUAGCGCUAAAAUUGUUUGUACUUGUGGCCCUAUGUGUUUAUAAGCAUCCUGCUGGGUAGACCCGAGUAUCAGUUGUCUGAUGAUUGCCUAGCGGCAUGAAACUCAGAGUUACAACCAACCUGAACGUCCUCCUCUGAGUCUAAGCUCUGUCUCUGACAUUGAGCACUCUCAGGCUGCAGCUCGGGAUCAACAACGCAUUUGAAUAUUAUUAAUUUUGAGUGUAACUCCUCCUAUCUCUGGCAGUCUAAUAUCUAAUAAUGGAAUAUGGAAUAUUGCUUGAGUGUAAUUUAGUCAACUCUCGCUACGCCAGCUCUGCUUUCGUCCGUUCGCUCCAGGUCCUUUACUGCCGAUUCCUUUUUCCAAAUGUUUAUUCUCUUGAACAACAAUGACUUGAUCUGAAAACAACUCUGCGAACCAGUCGUUGCUUGAAUAGGGUCACCAGCCCAUUGCUUUUCUUUGAUCAUAUUUGCUGCGCUAAUUGUUCGCCACCUCACCGUCUGCCGAAAGCCAGGCCUGUCUAUGACAGAAUUUCAUCUUACCUGAGCUCUAGUACGUAUAGGCCACACCGGCUCUUUUUGGAUUACUCGUGUGUUUAAAGCACAGCAGCGUUUACUCCCGAAAA